UGAAACUCCGAAGCACUGAUCUUAACACCUCCGGUUAUACACAUGCUGUGCACCGAGCUCAAUGCCGGUUGGCCUCCGGUUGCCGCAACGUAUUGUUGGAUAAUGUAUUUGGCUGUUGAAGCUUGCUGUAAUUAAACAGAAAAAUGGCUACGGAGGAGAGAUGUCGUAGGAGCUCCCCAACAAUGUCGUUUCUGAUUGAUCAGAAACCCCAACUGACCAAAUACACCUUCACUUGCGCCAUUCUCUCUUCCAUGCCUUCAAUCUUAGUGGGUCUAUACUCUGGGAACUCCAUAAGCAAAGCUUGGAGUGUUUUAAUGGAAGACUUGAAGCUUGGUACUGGAAAAUUACUCUUCUUCUUCCUCAUCUUUGCCAUUCUCUGUCCAAUGGCAUCGUUAGCUGCUGGGACUACAUCUGAUUGGAUUGGACGUCGCUACACUCUAUUAUUCUCCCUCGUCGCCUUCUUCUUCGGUUCUCUCUUUACCAAUCUCGCCCCGAACGCCGCAGUUUUCUUCUCUAGUUGGGUUUUGGUGACCAUCGCUGUUGGCUGUGCUCGUACUGUGAUCCCGGUUUACAUCACCGAGUUAUCCCCCGAGUCAACUCAAGGCUUCCUCACAUGUUUCGUUAAUGUUUUUGAAAACACGGGGAGUUUUACUCGGGAAAGUUUUGGCCUACGCCUGGUCACAACUCACUGUUCGGCAACUGAGUUGGAGACUCGCUUUAAUCGGAACGAUCCCUUCGUUUCUUUUGGCUCUGGCUGUAGUUUUCUCCUUGCCCGAGUCACCGAGUUGGCUCGUGUCUCGUGGAAGACUCAGUGACGCGGAACUAGUUCUUGUUCCAACAUCGAAGAGCGAAGGCUGAGUUACGACUAGGGAGUCUGAAAUCCGAGUCGGGAAUGCCGGAGCAUGCGUUAAACGACGGCGUUUCUUCUGCUAAACGUGGUUGUUUCGAUGCAAGGAGGGAAAUUCUCGUCCGUCCAUCACCGUCCGUUCGAAUAGCUUAAUGGCAGUCAUUGGUUUGAAUUUCUUCAGGCACUCCACUGGUGUUGAUGCACUGAAUCUUUACCAACCUAGGAUCUUUAGUAUGGGCAAAGUCAAGAAUCGGACGGACAUCCUGCUUUUAACCACAGCCAUUGGAUUGGUCAAGAUUUGUAAAAUGUUGAUGGCUGGAUUCUUAAUGGAUCGAAUCGGACGGUGACCGUUACUUCUCACCAGUGUAUUGGGUAUGUUUCCCUGCCUUGCUGGUCUUGGAUUGGGGUUGGCAGUGUACGAUCAUUGAAAAGAUAUUUUGAUCAAGACCGUUCCUUUAUGCUGGACCAUGGCACUAUUUUACGGGGCGUUUUACUCGAUCGGGUUGGGACCCAUCACUCCUGUCUGUAGCUCCGAGAUUUUCCAACCUUCUUUGCGGGCCACAGGUGCAAGCAUUGGAUCAUCGGUCAGCUGGUCAACUCGAGGAAUCUUAUCUUUGACUUUUAUGUCAACGGUCAGUAGGAUCAAGAUCGGUGGGACCUUUUUAAUGUUUGCGGCAGUGGCAUCUAUAGCGUGGCUGUAUUUUUAUAAUUUAGUUCCAGAAACAUUGGAUAAAUCCUUUGAGCGCAGGGGUGAGAUCACAACGGAGAGUGAGAGAUCAAGAUCAGAAAACCACGUGGCAUAAUCACAAACAUCUAAAGAAAUAGAUAGAGAACCAACAAGGAACAACAUGCAUAUACGAAAAUUAUAUAGAAGUGCUACUUUCCCAA